CCUGACACUGACACUUCUCUUCUCAGCCUCCGCAGCCUGCUCUCCUGCUCACGUCCUGCUGCCGCUCCAGAGUCUUCAGCACCUCAGUUUCAGCAUCAUGGAUUCUUCAGACGCAGUAGUGAAGGUGGCUGCACUGGGUCGACCUUUCACCUUAGGAAUGAUGUACAACGCCCGGACUCAAAAGCCGGUGCCAGGUGUGUCACUGUGGAACCCAAAAGUCCUGGCCAAGAACACGGUGGAGACUGGAAAACCCAGCAGCCAGUUCCAGGUCCUGGCUUCAGACUCUCUGGAGUCCAAGACUUCACUGUUGGACUUUGAUGCGUCUCUGAAGGCCAGUUUCCUCGGAGGACUGAUCGAAGUCAGUGGCUCCGCUAAAUACCUCAACGACCACAAGAAGUUCAAGAAUCAGUGCAGGGCCACCUUCCAGUACCAGGCCUCCACUGUGUUCAGGGAGCUGGCAUUGACCUCUUUGAGGAAACUAGAUGACCAGCAGAGGGAGCUCAUCGACAUGAACCUCGCCACUCAUGUGGUCACCGCCAUUGUCUACGGCGCCAACGCUUUCUUCACGUUUGACAGUGAGAAGUUGGAGUCCAGCUCAGUCCAGAACAUCCAGGGUCAGAUUCACGCGGUGAUGAAAAAAAUCCCAUUAUUCAAUAUUGAGGGUCAAGUUGACAUCAAACUGUCGGAGACAGAGAAAGAUUUGACCAACAAAUUCUCCUGCACCUUCUACGGGGACGUCCUUCUGGAGAGCAACCCUUCUACAUUUGAGGAAGCUGUGAAGACCUGUGCGAACCUUCCUAAGCUGCUGAGGGAGAACAAGGACGCCGUGGCUCCACUGACGGUCUGGAUGCUUCCCCUCGUGAAGCUGUACCCCAAAGCUCCUGUGGUGACAAAGCACAUCACCCCUCAGUUAGCAAGGAAAGCAGUCGAGGUUCUGGAGGAUCUGAGGCACUUCCAGAGCGAGUGCAAUGAAGCGCAGACUGAGGUCAUGGCCCAGGCCUUCCCUGAUCUUGGCCGCAUGUUGCUCCUAUUCAAUAACCUCUGUAGCUGCUACAUCGAGGUUCUCCAGCAAGAUUUGUCAGCCAAACUCCCUGCGCUCCGUGGAGGUUCGGGGGACGAAAAGGAGCUGAUGCGUAUUUUCCAGGACAGAGACACAUCACCUUUCAGGCAGGAGAAGCUCAGACAGUGGAUGGACCACAGACUGCAGGAUAUUAUGUUGAUGCACUCCAUUGUGCGUAUGAUGGACGGCACGAAUGUGAAGCUUGUCAAGAGUCAGUCAGAGUUGGACAGAGAGCUUCUGGAUGCAAAUGUCCACGAUGCCCUCUGCUACGUCUUCACAUCCCUGGACACCAAGGAUCCACAGCUGGAAGAAAUGGCGAAGUACCUGGAUUCCAGUCUGGACCCUGGACAAGAGACGGCUGUGCCCAGAUCCUGGUCCCUCUCCCCCAUCGUACGUAAAAAGGCCAACCACAUCCGUGAGAUGGCAGCAGCUCUGAAGGGCAGCAGGGGUGUGAAGUUCUUCAUGGCCAUCUUGCCAAAUGCCAAAUAUGAGGGCGCCACCAUCUACCAUUACCACAGUGGUGCACUGGUGACUGACGACUUCUCCAGGCCGAAGCCUCCUGGUAACCCAAGGAACAUCACAAACAAACAAGAUCUCAUGUGGUACGCUGUUGACCUCACCUUGGACCUGAACACAGCCAACCCGUUCAUCGUUGUGUCCGACAACAAGAAGAAAGCCACACAUGGAGCAGAACAGAAGUACCCAGAUCAUCCAGAGCGCUUUGACCAGGUGCACCAGGUGAUGUGCUGCGAGGGACUGACCGGCCGCUGCUACUGGGAGGUGGAGUGGAGCGACGGGAUCCACACGGACGUCUGUGUUGGGGUAGCAUACAAGAGGAUGGACCGCAAGGAAGGGCAGGCUAGCUGGUUUGGAAAAAACCCAGAGUCCUGGUGUUUCGGGAAAUACAACCCUCACGGCGCAUCCUUUUGGGGCCAUGACGAUGGGUGGUUUGAGAUCCCACUGCCCUCCACGGGCAUCAAGCGAGUGGGGGUGUUUCUGGACUGGCCGGGUGGCACUCUGAGCUUCUACCAGGUCUCCUCCUGUGAGCUGACUCACCUGCUCACUUUCACCAGCAGUUUCAUAGCUCCAGUUUUCCCAGGGAGCCGCCUGGAAAGCAAAGGCACCUCCAUCCACUUCUGCCCAGUUGAGUGAGUCAGCGCCACCUGCUGGCCACCCUGCCAACUGACCUGAUCUGAUUGGUCAGUUGAUCAAGCUUGUGAUGUCAUUAAGCUUUUUGUCUGCAAC